GUCACCAGAGCUCUUGGUUAUUUUGACGGACGACGUCGUAGUUGUUGCUGGCUUCUAAAAUGCAGAAAACGUUUUCCGUGUUUGUUUUCUUUUUAUUGCUUUUUUGUGUGUCAGAAGCCGAAUACCAGGACUAUGAUUUUCAGGUGGAUGAGGAAGAUUUGUUAGAACAAUUCUCAAUAACUGUGGAUAAGAUUGACAGCAAAACUUUUAGAAACGUUACAGAAAAUUCAAAACUAACCGUUCACGGUAGUUCAACAACUUUAUUCUUCGACAACAGCCUGCCUAAAGUGAAAGUUCUACACAUCAUUGGUAUGGGAUCGCAGAUUUCUGACUUAGCGUGGAAGAGUUCAUCCAACUUUCUUGAUAAAUUAUCAUUAAGUGGAGUUGUCGUUAAAAAUGCUGCCGCGUCAUUCAAACUGUUAACAUCGCUGACCUCUCUCGAUUUGCAUAACACGACACUGAACAAUCUGAAAAAAGAUUCUUUCUCAACAUUUCAAAACAAGCUGGCUAAAUUACAUUUGAGAGAUGGUAACUAUGGAGAUUGGCCAGUGAGUUUCGAUCAACUCUCAGGGCUCAAAGAAUUAUAUAUUGAGAAAAGUAAUAUUUUAUCCUUAACUGAUCUUAAAUUACCAAAGUCUUUAAUCAAGAUUCACAUUUCCGGAAACCGGUUGAAUAAAAUACCAAAAGCUAUUUUAAAUUUAGACAAACUCGAGGAUUUAUUUCUUGAUUCCAACGAGAUAGCAAAAAUUGAGAAUUUGCCAAGAAAUAUAAAAUCGCUGUCGUUAGCGGGGAACACAAUCACCGAAAUAAAUAAUUUACCAAACGGUUUGGCCCUAGCCAUAUUAUCAGCAAACAACAUUACGACAGUUAAAAACAUUCCAGAAUCGGUCAACGCAAUAUACUUAUCUAAGAAUAGCAUCUCCUCUUUAACAAAAGAUUGUUUUAAACCUAACUCUCAGCUCGAUACCUUGUCUUUGUCGCACAAUCACCUCCGUAAUUUGGACAUCACGGAAACAGCUUUUCAAAACACACCGCGUUUGUCCCAAGUCGAUUUGGAACGAACGUCUUUCACUGCUCCACCGGAGGCGUUCAAGAACCUGAAGAAGUUAAAGCUGCUAGCAGUAGACUCAGAUUACUCAGGUUUUUGCGACAAUGUAAACAAAUUAAUGAAAUCAAAGGUUUGUAAACUCAUAAAAGAGGAACCUAUAACGAUAAAAGUUGAGGUGGUCGAUUCUCUAACUUUUAAUGAAUUACCAAAGACAACACAUUUAAUUAAUGAGAGUGGUCCGAUGACGUCAUUCCCCGACCUGAGCCUGCCCGCGGUGAAGAUUCUAGAAAUCAAAGGUCAAAGAUCGCAGAUCUCCGGCCUGGCCUGGAAGAAAUCAUCAGAUCACCUUGAAGGGUUAUUUUUAUCUGAUGUACACCUUGAAAAUGCGUCGGCGUCUUUUGAAAUGCUAAGAUCUUUAAAGAUACUUCAUAUGAAAAACGUAUCGAUGGAUGGUCUGAAAAGAGAUUCUUUCUCUAGAUUUCAAAACAAGUUGUUCUCUUUACAUAUUAGUUUUUGCAAUUUUGUUGACUGGCCUAUAAGUUUUAACCAGCUAAAAAAUCUAAACAAUCUUGAGAUUUUUAAAAGCAAUUUAUCUUCAACAAGGCUCAGAUUCCCAAAAUCUUUAACCCAGCUUAAAAUGUACGGUUUGCGACUUAAUAAAAUAACUACUGCUUUUUCCACUUUGAAAAAUCUUACCGAUCUAGUCCUUGAUUUUAAUCAUAUUAAAACUAUCGAGAAUCUACCACGAAACGUGACCAUUUUGCACUUAAAAAGCAACGCCAUCACUCAAAUAAAAAACAUACCGAAAUCUGUCCUAAUGUUACAUUUAUCAAUGAACAAUAUCUCCAUCAUAACAAAAGACUCCUUUGUACGCAAUUCAAAACUACAGCACUUGUUUUUGUCAAACAAUCUCCGUAACACCUUGACAAUUACGUCAACGGCUUUCCAAAACACCCCUCACAUUUCCUCGAUCUACUUAGCUAACACAAACUUUAAAGCUCCAGUCGAGGCCUUUACCGGCCUCCAACGCUUAACUCUUCUGAAAGUGGAUCCAAAAGACAAAAAGUUCUGUGACCGCGUGAACCAACUGAAAAAAUCGAUCUGUAAAUCAGAUUGAUUUUUC